UUAAAAAAUUAUCAUGUUUUUUAUGGCAGCUUAUGUGUUAAACGAACAGGAGCAAGAUUACCAAAGUAGAAUAGAUAGGCGGCGUUUAAGAGACCAUUCGAAUCCUCUCAGUGCACCGGAUUCUACAUUUGUUUCCAACUAUCGCCUAAACAAGUACGCUUUUUUAGAAGUGCUGAAUGAAGUAAAAUCUUUCGUCAAGGAAACGUCCAUACCUAUUUUAUUAAAGCUGGCAGCAAGUCUUAGGUUUUUCGCAGAGGGUUCCUAUCAACGUUCCGUCGGAAAGGAUACAGAUAUUGCUAUGGGUAGAAGCACAGUCUCAAAAAUAUUAUCCGAAAUGAUCAAUGCUUUGGAAAAUGUUCUGUGUCCUAAGUGGAUUAAGCUGAAAAUGUCUGAAGAGGAUUCUAGAAAAUCAAAACUUCAUUUUGUAGAAAAAUUCGGUAUUCCAGGAGUAAUAGGGUGUAUUGAUGGAACACAUGUGGCUCUGAUUAAACCUUUUGAGAACGAGCAUCUAUUUUUUAACCGAAAAGGAUUUUUUAGCAUAAACGCAAUGAUUGUAAGAAUGAAUUUAAAUUGUGUUUCUAAAAUUUAAAAUUUACUGCCUUUAUUUUACAGAUUUGUGAUUUUGAUAUGAUAAUAAGAGCAGUAGAUGCAACUCGGCCUGGUGCAAGCCAUGACGCUUUCGUAUUUAGUAUGAGCAGUGCAAAACACUAUUACCUAUCGCAGUAUGAAGCUGGUGACCGAGGGUCUUGGCUACUGGGAGAUUCUGGUUU